AUCUGUGUCGGAAUCAACAAAUUGGAUUCAACAACGCUUACUACACGGACGUACUAUUGCAUCUGACAUAUUAGUUUCCAAUCACUCUCGGACACAACAAAAUGACAGCCUUUGUCAUGUGUAAGUUUUUCUCUGUUGUAUCUCUACUACUCCAAAUACACUCUUACACCUGUUCUCGGUGUGAAAAAACCCAACUUGUGCCCUUAGCUGACUUUGACAAUUUAUUCGUGAACGAGCACGUGUUGUGGAAUGACCAAAUGGACAGCGUAGCGGAGUGUAUCAGUCGCUGUUUCCAAGAUACUCGCUGUCGAAGUGUGCAGGUACACGGGAUCACGAGCGGGUGUACGGGUCAUGCUACAAGCUUUGCUAGUCCUACCAAGAUAUACCCUCCGGCCACUGCUCUAGAAGGUUCCAGACUCUUCCUACUGCCAAGAGCCUCCCACUUCAUAGGUAGUGCUUGUGCCAGUGAUGGUGACUGUCAUGUGGCGACCUCUGUGUGCAAUGAUGGAGUCUGCACCUGUCAGAUUGGGUACUGGUUUUCCGCCUCACAACAGGCCUGUGUCACUGAAUGUUCUUCUUUGGGGCUUGGUCUCGUUCGUUACGAUGGACACGUCAUCUUUGGAUAUGAUAUGACUGUCCAUCUGAUGGAAGAAACGUCUUGCCAACACCUCUGCAACGGCACCUGCUCCAGCUUGGACUACGACGAAAAAAGAUCUCGUUGUUAUAUUAAUAACGGCACAUACCUCUCAGUGGACGUCGCAUCUCGGGGUGAAGAGGAUAAAUGGGUGUACUACCAACGUAACUGUGCUCAAUAGACAAAGGACAAAAAAGCACACUACCAGAAUAUCUGGAUCAUAUGCUGUCAGUGGACAUUAUCUAGGUGGAUGGGUAUUUACGUAUGUAUUUAUACGAGGAUUUAUACGAUAUUUAAGG